GUGUCUGCUUUCCCAGGGGAAAAUAGGAGUCUCCUGCAAGUUGCGCCGCCAUCUGCACAGACAUCCAAGGCCGGAACCAUGGUUCCCUCGUCGGAGAUGGGAAUGAUCAAUGUUUCUGUCGCGCUAACUAUUUGCAUUACUCUACCGUGUGGGUUUUAUGCUUCACGUAUUGGAGAGGCCAAGCAUUCUCUAAGCAGUCAACAUUCAGGGUUCCCAGGGUCACAUGCCUUCUACCUAAAAAGAGUUCAGAAGGCCCGUCUAAUACGAGAUGCAUUGAACUUUGAUUGAAUCUGGAUCUCUUGGAUCCUUGGAUAUCCAGCCUUAUGGAGCCUUGGGCCUGAUCUAUCAUCUUGAACAGCAGCACAACACGAUCCUGAGAUCGGCAAUCUCGGUCUUUUGUUUCCCCAAAGGCCCAGACACCCACGAGCCUUUUCAUCCUGAUUCCGAUCAGCAGAGGGCAUCCACCCAGCAAUGAAUUUCUUGUUUUCCUUGAGUCUUUUGAAUACCACUGUGCAAUUAUUGCGUGGUUUCAGUCAUUUUCGGUCGCUAUGGGCGGAUGAGGUUUCUAGACUUUUUCUUGAUCCAGC